AACACACGAAAGAAAUAUGCGCGCGCAUUUGCCUCGAGCACAUAAUCGAACUGGGAGCGCCUUACAUUUUACCCUUAGCUUCGUUCUCUAUUUGGUGUGUGGUUUGUAUUUCAUAAAGUACACGGGGAUUACAAAAUUUAUAAACAUUUUAACCAAAAAUAUUUGGUGUUCAUUGAAUAGGUGUUUGUUAAUUUUUUUUUUAAUCAAUAUUACAUAAAUACAUAAAUUUAUGCACACACAUAAUCAUACACGCAUACACAUUUAUACUCAUAAAUAGUAACUUGAAUCUGUUGUUAAAUAAAUUACUUUUACAGUUACCUUGACAUUGGGUUGGGCAAAGUGAAUGGUGGAAUUAAGUGAUAAAGCUUUUAAUAUGAGUGCUGACAGUGAUAAUAAGGGGUUGAGCAAUAACAAAAUGUAGUUACUUAACUUUUUCAAAAAACUUACGGAAAUCCCAUAAGUGACAUAAAUACUUAUAAUCGUGACAUAUAAAUGAUUCAAGCAUUACAAUUUUGGAAAGAUUUUUCUCGUUCGAAUGUGUCCAAGUGUGCUAUUUUAAACGUACAUACCUAAGAAACAAGAUCAUAGAAACAAAUUUUUUAUAUACACAUACAUACAUACUUUGUAUGUCAAAUUAUUAUUGUUUUGCUUCUUUAUCAACAGAAAUAUGGAUUCAGUAAUAAACUGGCAUCAAUAUUCAUUUCAUUAUAAAAAGUCAAAAAACGUACCUGGAAAAAUCAUCAACUACUCGAUAUAGAUAUUUGCUGUAAAAUAGUCUAUUUUACAGACUUCAUAUUAUAUGAUAAAAUUCUAUUCUCACUCUUCAAAGAAAAUUCAUUUACAACUCAGAUGUUUAUUCUUUAUUGAAUUUUAUCUCAAUAGAGCAUUAAUAUCGUUAAAAUAAGAAUGCGAACGAAGGCAAAAUUUCAGCCUUUUCGGCGACACUGGCGUCUUGUUCGAACUCGUGCAAAAAAUGUGCACGAUUUCAACCCGGCGACGAUGAGAAAAAAUGAUCACUCAAAGUCGCAAAUAAUUAUUUUUAACAAACCAUUGAGGAAAUGAGUGUGAUCUUCGCCAGUUUGAGGUGGCUGUGAGAAAGAGCUCCUUGGACCAGCUACGCACAUUUGGAUUCAAACUUGGCUGACACAAAAACCAACAUGACGGCGGUACCGGGCAAGGAAAGUCCGGUCGUAUUAAAUACUCAAGAGACUCAUCAGUAUGUUGGGCCUUAUCGGCUUGAAAAGACUUUAGGAAAAGGCCAAACUGGUUUGGUGAAGCUUGGAGUUCAUUGUGUAUUAGGUAAAAAAGUAGCAAUUAAAAUUAUCAACCGUGAAAAACUGUCGGAGUCCGUGUUGAUGAAGGUGGAACGUGAAAUUGCUAUUAUGAAGCUCAUUGAUCAUCCACAUGUACUUGGACUUUCAGACGUUUAUGAAAAUAAAAAAUACUUAUAUCUUGUAUUAGAACAUGUAUCAGGAGGUGAACUUUUUGAUUAUUUAGUGAAAAAAGCUAGACUUACGCCUAAAGAGGCGAGACGAUUUUUUAGGCAAAUAAUAUCUGCAUUAGAUUUUUGUCAUAGUCACAAUAUUUGUCACAGAGAUUUGAAGCCGGAAAAUUUAUUACUUGACGAGAAAAAUAAUAUUAAAAUAGCAGACUUUGGAAUGGCAUCAUUGCAACCAGCUGGAUCUAUGCUAGAAACAAGUUGCGGAUCUCCUCAUUAUGCAUGUCCGGAAGUGAUUAGAGGUGAAAAAUACGAUGGUCGGAAAGCAGAUGUAUGGUCAUGUGGAGUAAUUUUGUAUGCUCUCCUUGUUGGUGCAUUGCCCUUUGAUGAUGAUAAUCUACGGCAACUUUUAGAAAAAGUAAAACGAGGUGUAUUUCAUAUUCCACAUUUUGUACCACCUGAUUGUCAGAAUCUUCUUCGCGGAAUGAUUGAAGUAAAUCCUGACAAACGACUCACGUUGGCGGACAUAAAUAAGCAUAUCUGGGUAACAGCUGCUGGAAAAGGUGAACUCGAAUUGGAACUUUCCAUGAUGGAAGUAGUACAAACACAUGUCAUUCCGUCCGUCGAGUUAAUUGAUCCAGAUGUACUUCAAGCUAUCGCAAGUUUAGGAUGUUUUAAAGAACGCGAUAAACUUAUUCAAGAAUUGCUAAGUCCUAACCAUAAUACUGAAAAAGUAAUCUAUUUUCUCCUAUUGGAGAGGAAAAGAAGAAGACCAGCUUGUGAAGAUGAGUUAGAAGGCAUUCGAGUCGGAAUAAGAGGUUCUUCAGGACAAUCAGAAGUAGACCCACCUCGAAAGCGAGUGGACACUUGUCGGGUCAAUGGGAAUACAACAUUGAAUUUAGGGCAAAUUAGUCAUGGGUCACCUUUGACGCCAAGAAGACAAUCCAGUGCACGACAUCAUACCCGACGUUCACCAAGUACUGGAUCGCAUACACAUUUAUCACAUUCCCAUGCCUCAACACCAGGGAGUUCACCUAUGCAUAGUCCCAAUGUCGCCGGUCUUUUAAGUCCACAUAGAGCAGUACCCAACUCACAUCAUGGGCAAAAUCCAAGUCCACAUCGUUUAUCUAUUACUAGUGGAUCAGCCAGUGGAAACGGUACAAUGACCAGUACUAUUGCAACUACCACUGUUUCAACGACUUCGGCUACUAGUCAACCAUUUUCAAAUGUUGCAAUAGAAUUGAAUGAAAUUCAAUCGAUAGGUAUUACACCUCCAGGUUCUCCACAUACGGGCACUGGAACUGGAGCCCACCAUUGGAGAUCUCGUUUAACUACAAUUAAAAAUUCGUUUUUGGGAAGUCCGCGUUUUCAUCGACGCAAACUGCUUACAAGCACUGAAGAGGUUCAUCUUACACCGGAUUCUUCACCUGAACUUACAAAAAAAUCUUGGUUUGGUAGCCUUAUGGCCUCUGAAAAAGACGAAACAUUUACAGUUCUUGUAAAAGGCAAACCUUUGGCAAGCGUAAAAGCUGAUCUUAUCCAUGCUUUUUUAUCAAUAGCUGAAUUGUCACAUAGUGUAAGUUCGCCAUUGUCUUUUAAAGUUGAAUACAAACGUAGCAGUACUGCUCCUGCGAUGUUUCAACGACAAGUUCGAUUUCAAGUUGACAUCAGUGCAAUAUCUAAACAACCAAAUGAACCUCUAUUUGCUAUCACAUUUACGUUACUAAGUGGAAAUAUACGACGAUUUCGAAGGGUAUGUGAGCAUAUACAAUCUCAAGUAUGCUCUAGGAAUAUUGGGAUGGCUCUCGGUAGUCAAAGUCGAGCAGCACCACCAAGUCCUAGGGCAUCUCGUAAAUUCACUACAGAAAUGAGUGAAAGUUCAAGUUGUGGCAGUGACACAAGUGAAAGACUUUUCCUCAGCCCUCAUCCUACUACCAGACAGGUAGUUUAUUUUAACAAGGUUGAUUCAGACCUUGAGUCUGAAACGUCAGCAUUCGAUGUUAAAUCUCCGACUCACGAGAACGGUCGAAGAAGCUCUACUUCAACAAACAACAAUAAUUCAAUCGCUGGUGAUGUAACACCGACGCCUGGAAGUCCAUCUAAAACUGUGCGUAGCAAUUCAGAAAGUCAAAAUACACCAGAAAAAAAAUGUGUCACAACAAUGAGUGGCAAUAAUAUAGCGUGAUACUAUCAGAAUUUUCGCUCGGAGUUACGCACUAGUUUUGCUAGUUUCUGGAAUAGUAUACAGUGAGUUUAUAAUGGUGUCGUUGUUAUAAAAUAACAGUAUUUUUCUGUUUGAAUGAUUAAGGAAUGUAAUGGUUUGUUUUUUCUUAUUUUUAUGAAAAAAAAAUAUAUAUAAAAUGAUUAAAACAGAAGGGGUAUGAGUGACAAAAAAAAAUUUUUCUUAAUAUCUGAAGGUAUCACAUUGGUUUUUAUACUUCAUAGUAAAUUCAAAUUUUUUGUUUUAUAAGAAUUAAUAAAGCUAAAAAAACCUCCGCUUAUAUAUGUACAAUAAGAUUUGAAGAAAACUUAUAUUUACAAAUAAAAAUCUUUGACGUUAUGCACUUAUGAAAAAAGUAACUGAAAACAGCUAUACGGCAAACGGAACGAAAAACUUUAAUGAAUGACUUACUUAAAGUCACCAUUUUUCUAUUUUUUAGUAUAUUAUUUAAAAAUUGUUAUAUUCAAUUUUAAAAAUAAAUUUUUUAUAUUUAAAAAUCAAAUUUUUAUGCAAUUUUUUCUACUCAAAUUAUCACUGAGAUCAUUAUCUUACUACUUAUUUGUAUUCCGAUUGCCCGGAGUGAAACUCAAAAUUAUUAGUAGGAGAAAGAAUACUAAUAUAUGUAAGAGGAGCGAAGUUAUAUUGUAAAAAAGGCCAUUCGACAGCCGAAAUAGAAGUAGAUUUCAUUAAUAGCUACAUUUAUUAAUA